ACACCACUUACCAGAAAAUGAUAUAAAGAGAAAACCAUAUUUCAUACAGAAAAUUACUGAAUAUAAAACAUAUAUCUUUCCUUCAAUAUUCAAACAAAUAUUGAACAUGGUUACGUGGGUUUUGCAUUAUCUUCUCGUGGCAUUUCUGAUUGCCAUUAGUUACGACAUCGAUGCAGCAUCUGCAGGAAUCACGCGGCACUACCAGUUCGAUAUUCAACUGAAAAACAUCACAAGAUUGUGCAAGACAAAAACAAUCGUGACGGUCAACGGAAAAUUCCCAGGACCUAAGGUUACCGCAAGAGAAGGAGAUAAUCUACAGAUCAAAGUUGUUAAUCAUGUCUCUAAUAACAUUUCUAUCCACUGGCACGGUAUCCGGCAGCUAAGGAGCGGAUGGGCGGAUGGACCAUCGUAUGUGACACAAUGUCCAAUUCGGACCGGACAAAGUUAUGUUUACAACUUCACGGUGACUGGACAAAGAGGAACCUUGUGGUGGCAUGCUCAUAUUCAAUGGAUGAGAGCUACCGUGUACGGACCUUUGAUCAUUCUCCCUAAACUCCAUCAGCCUUACCCUUUUCCCAAACCCUACAAACAAGUCCCUAUAAUGUUUGGUGAAUGGUUUAAUGCUGAUCCUCAAGCAGUUUUACAACAAGCUCUUCAGACGGGUGCAGGCCCAAAUGCUUCUGAUGCUCAUACUUUUAAUGGGCUUCCAGGUCCAUUAUACAAUUGCUCUACAAAAGAUACGUACAAACUGAUGGUGAAACCUGGAAAGACGUAUCUACUACGACUGAUCAAUGCUGCACUCAAUGACGAACUCUUCUUCACCAUAGCCAACCAUACAUUGACUGUCGUCGAAGCUGAUGCUUGUUACGUUAAACCAUUCCAAACAAAAAUCGUGCUUCUUGGUCCGGGCCAAACUACCAACGUACUACUCAAAACCAAACCUAUUUAUCCAAAUGCAACCUUUUACAUGUUGGCAAGACCGUACUUCACGGGCCAAGGAACAAUUGAUAAUACAACCGUCGCGGGAAUUCUCCAAUACCAACAUCAUUCCAAGUCUUCUAAGAAUCUUUCUAUUAUUAAACCAUCUCUUCCUCCCAUCAAUAGUACGAGCUACGCCGCGAAUUUCACAAAGAUGUUUAGAAGUUUGGCAAGUUCUACAUUUCCGGCAAACGUGCCAAAAAUCGUGGACAAAAAAUAUUUCUUCACCGUCGGUUUAGGAACCAACCCUUGUCCUAAAAACCAAACAUGCCAAGGACCAACUAAUACAACGAAAUUUGCAGCAUCUAUCAACAAUGUGUCUUUCAUCUUACCAAACAAGACUUCUCUAUUACAAUCAUACUUCGUUGGCAAGUCCAACAAUGUUUUCAUGACCGAUUUCCCAACUGCCCCUAUUUUUCCAUUUAAUUACACGGGGACGCCACCAAACAACACAAUGGUCUCAAGAGGGACCAAAGUUGUGGUCUUGAAGUACAACACAACUGUUGAAUUGGUGUUACAGGGCACUAGCAUCUUGGGUAUUGAGGCCCACCCUAUACAUCUUCAUGGCUUCAACUUUUAUGUGGUGGGACAAGGCUUCGGCAAUUUUAACCCGGCCCGUGAUCCAAAGCAAUAUAAUCUAGUCGAUCCGGUCGAACGAAACACCAUCAGUGUCCCUUCCGGUGGUUGGGUCGCCAUCCGCUUCCUCGCCGAUAAUCCCGGUGUGUGGCUGAUGCAUUGCCACAUUGAGAUUCAUUUGAGUUGGGGUCUGACCAUGGCUUGGGUGGUUUUGGACGGUGACCUUCCAAAUCAGAAACUCCUUCCUCCACCCUCAGAUUUCCCUAAAUGUUGACUCUGACCGAUCCAACGCCUCUGCAAAUGCCACAUCACCUUUUUUUCUUUCCUCUUUAAUACUUUUGUGUUUUGAGAUUUCUGAACUUUUUUGGUUUUGUAUUCUCUUUCUUGAUUUCUUCUUGUAAAAAGAGUGAACUGAAGAGCUAUGGUCGUGUUAGUAAUUUCUCUGUACGAUAUUUUGACGCAAAAUAAUUAUAAUUGUAAAGUUUUGUAAUAAUCGAAAAAGGCAUUA